AUGAAAAGCAGAAGAAAUGGUAUCCUGGAGAGCUCAAAAAGUCUUUAUUCCAGUAUCUCUCGUAGCAUGGAUCUAUCAUACAGUGAAAGUGAUUUGGUGCACUUUGUUCAAGAGAACUUUAAGAAGAGAAUGUGUGUGUUUUUCACUAAAGAUGCCAAGUCCAAUGACAACCAAUGUAAGUGUGGAUAUUUGAAAUCACAACAUGUAGAAGAGAUGCAGAUUAACAAUAAUGAGAAAUGGAAUUAUAAAAAACAUACCAAAGAAUUCCCAACUGAUGCUUUUGGGGACAUUGAAUUUGAAAAUUUGGGUAAGACAGGAAAGUACAUUCGCCUGUCAUGUGACACAGACUCUGAAACCCUCUAUGACCUAAUGACCCAACACUGGCAACUGAAAACACCCAACCUCAUCAUCUCUGUCACAGGUGGAACAAAAAAUUUUGCCUUAAAGCCACGCAUUCGUAAGAUUGUCAGCCGGUUGAUCUAUAUUGCACAAUCCAAAGGAGCCUGGAUAUUCACUGGAGGUACACAUUACGGACUGAUGAAGUAUAUUGGAGAAGUAGUACGAGAUAAUACUAUCAGUAGGAGCUCUGAAGAGAAUGUGGUUGCUAUUGGCAUAGCUGCUUGGGGCAUGGUAUCUAAUCGUGAGAGUCUUAUCAGAAGCUGUGAUACUGAGACAUAUUAUUCAGCACACUACAUCAUGGAUGACCUCAAAAGGGACCCAUUAUACUGCUUGGAUAAUAACCAUACACAUCUAAUUUUGGUUGAUAAUGGAACUCAUGGGUAUCAAGGUAUAGAGGCAAAGCUACGCGCCCAGUUAGAAAAAUAUAUUUCAGAACGCAUUAUUCCAGAUUCUAAUUAUGGUGGAAAGAUUCCAAUUGUGUGUUUUGCCCAAGGAGGAGGAAAAGAAACUCUGAAAGCGAUUAACACUGCCAUCAAGAACAAAAUUCCCUGUGUUGUGGUGGAAGGUUCUGGUCAGAUAGCAGAUGUGAUUGCAAGCUUGACAGAGGCUGAAGGCACCUUGACUUCCUCAUCUGUUAAAGAGAGAUUGCUCAGAUACUUGCCUCGCACACUUUCUAGACUCGGUGAAGAGGAAAUUGAGAGUUGGAUCAAAUGUAUCAAAGAAAUAUUUGAAAAUCCUCAUCUGCUAACUGUGAUCAAAAUUGAAGAAGCUGGAGAUGAAAUUGUGAGCAAUGCCAUUUCAUAUGCUCUUUAUAAAGCUUUCAGCAGAAACGAACAAGAUAAAGAUAACUGGAAUGGUCAACUGAAAUUGCUUUUGGAAUGGAAUCAGUUGGAUCUAGCCAGUGAAGAGAUUUUUACCAAUGAUCGACGUUGGGAGUCUGCUGAUCUUCAGGAUGUCAUGUUUACAGCCCUGGUAAAGGACAGACCAAAAUUUGUUCGUCUCUUUCUUGAAAAUGGGCUAAAUCUAAGGAAGUUCCUCACUCAUGAAGUUUUAACAGAACUCUAUACAAACAACUUCAGCAAUCUGGUGUUUAAAAACCUACAAAUUGCUAAGAACUCCUACAAUGAUGCUCUUCUUACUUUUGUGUGGAAGAUGGUAGAGGAUUUCAGAAAGGGCAUAAAAAAAGAAGACAAAAAUGCCAAAGAUGACAUAGAGAUACAGCUGCUGGAUGGAUCUCUUAUUACGAGGCAUCCCUUGCAAGCUCUCUUUAUUUGGGCUGUCCUUCAAAACAAAAAGGAACUAUCCAGCGUAAUUUGGGAGCAGACAAGAGGCUGUACCUUGGCAGCACUAGGGGCCAGCAAGCUCCUGAAAAGCUUGGCUAAGGUAAAGAAUGAUAUUAAUGCUGCUGGAGAAUCAGAAGAGCUGGCAAAUGAGUACGAAACAAGAGCUGUGGAGUUGUUCACGGAAUGUUACAGCAGUGAUGAAGAUCUGGCAGAACAGCUUCUUAUUUAUUCCUGUGAAGCAUGGGGUGGAAACAGUUGUCUAGAACUUGCUGUAGAAGCUAAGGACCAACAAUUCAUUGCUCAGCCAGGAGUCCAGAAUUUUCUUUCCAAACAAUGGUAUGGGGAAAUUUCCAGAGACACCAAGAACUGGAAGAUCAUUCUGUGCCUUUUUCUUUUCCCUUUAAUAGGGUGUAGCUUCAUUUCCUUCAGGAAAAAGCCAAUAGAAAGGAGAAAAAAGCUGUUCUUCUAUUAUGCGUGGUUCUUCACUUCACCAUUUGUGGUCUUCUCUUGGACUGUCAUCUUCUACAUUGCCUUUCUCCUCCUUUUUGCCUAUGUCCUGCUCAUGGAUUUCCAAAAAGAGCCCACCAUGCUGGAACUGAUUCUCUAUGUGCUAGUUUUCAUCCUGCUUUGUGAUGAAGUGAGACAAUGGUAUAUGAAUGGGAGUAAAUAUUUUUCUGAUUUAUGGAAUGUUAUGGACACCCUUGGAAUUUUCUACUUCAUAUCAGGAAUUGUGUUCAGGCUCCACUCUUCAAAUGAAACAUCUUGGUAUUCUGGCAGAGUAAUUUUUUGUCUGGAUUACAUUAUUUUUACUCUAAGAUUAAUCCAUAUUUUCACAGUAAGCAGGAAUCUCGGUCCCAAGAUAAUUAUGCUUCAAAGGAUGCUGAUAGAUGUCUUCUUCUUCUUGUUCCUCUUUGCUGUGUGGAUGGUGGCUUUCGGUGUAGCCAGACAAGGGAUCCUACGAAAGAAUGAACAGCGUUGGGAAUGGAUAUUCCGAUCAGUCAUCUAUGAGCCUUACCUUGCAAUGUUUGGCCACUAUCCUUCUGAUAUUGAUGGUACAACAUAUGAUUUUGAUCACUGUACCUUCCUUGGAAAUGAAUCCAAGCCUCUGUGUGUUGAAGUGGAUUCCAAUAACCUCCCUCGCUUCCCCGAGUGGAUUACUAUUCCAUUAGUGUGCAUCUACAUGCUGUCCACCAAUAUCCUCUUAGUUAAUUUAUUAAUAGCCAUGUUUGGAUAUACUGUUGGAUCAGUUCAGGAGAAUAAUGACCAAGUAUGGAAGUUCCAGCGUUACUUCUUGGUUCAAGAGUACUGCAGCCGUUUAGCUAUACCAUUUCCUUUUGUCAUCUUUGCCUAUAUCUACAUGGUGAUGAGGAAACUUUUUAAAUGCUGUUGUAAAAAUGAAUAUAGAGAACCAUCCAUUUGCUGUUCAAGAAAUGAAGAUAAUGAAACUUUGGCAUGGGAAGCUGUCAUGAAAGAAAAUUACCUCGUGAAAAUUAAUACCAAGCCCAGUGACUUAUCCGAAGAAAUGGCCCAACAAUUUAGGCAACUGGAUACUAAGCUGAAUGAUUUGAAGUCUCUUCUGAAAGAUAUCACUAACAAAUUAAGAUGA